ACUCCAAGCUUUCCCUCCCGAGGAAAGAAGCCAUCCAUCUAAAUCAGCCGUCCUCUCCACGUCCCUCGCUUCUCGCUCCGUCAGACGCCACUCCUACCCCUUCCAUUGUGUUGUCUUUUCACUGUAACCCCGCUUCCUACGUAAGACCCCCCUCUCCUUUGUAGCAAGGGGACUUGAGAAUUUCAGAACCUCGAGUUGCAAUGGAGCUGUACGGAAAGAUGGCCUCUGCCCAAGAAGCCAGGUAUGGCCAGAAAGACUCCUCUGAUCAGAACUUUGACUACAUGUUCAAACUGCUCAUCAUUGGCAAUAGCAGUGUGGGGAAAACGUCUUUUCUGUUCCGUUAUGCAGAUGACUCCUUUACAUCUGCAUUUGUCAGCACAGUUGGGAUCGAUUUCAAAGUAAAAACUGUAUUCAAAAAUGAAAAGAGAAUCAAGCUUCAGAUUUGGGACACAGCGGGCCAGGAAAGAUACAGAACUAUUACCACAGCCUAUUAUCGUGGGGCCAUGGGCUUUAUUUUAAUGUAUGACAUUACAAAUGAAGAAUCCUUCAAUGCAGUACAAGAUUGGUCGACUCAAGUCAAAACAUACUCUUGGGAUAAUGCCCAGGUUAUUCUGGUUGGGAACAAGUGUGACAUGGAAGAUGAGCGGGUCAUCUCAACCGAGAGAGGUCAACGUUUAGGAGAACAGCUUGGGUUUGAAUUUUUUGAAACAAGUGCCAAGGAUAACAUUAAUGUCAAGCAGACAUUUGAGCGCCUUGUGGAUAUCAUCUGUGACAAAAUGUCAGAGAGUUUGGAGACCGACCCGGCCAUCACUGCCGCAAAGCAGAACACCAGACUCAAGGAAACCCCUCCUCCACCGCAGCCCAAUUGUGGCUGCUAAUGUCCCCAUGCACAUGGGCAGCUCCAGGGGGUUCUGGUUGCCAACAAACAGCAUUUAUAAAUGGUCUAUUAGCCUUCAUUUAUACUGCCUAAUAAUUAUUUGAAGGAAGUAUUUGAUGUCAAUGGCUCGUACAUGCAUUCAAUUCUUGGGAGAUUUCCUGGGUUAAUAUGUGGUAAAUAUGUGAUCUUAAAUUUGUAAGGACUCUUCAUCUAUAAACAUCUGGUACUUGCAUGUGACUUGUUAUUUAUUUAUCUUCUAGGCUUUUUUGUUUCAAAUUUCUUCUCAGUUAUGCUACUGCUAUGACCUCAGACUAUAAUUUCACUGCAACUGAUUUCUGUGCCAUGGAUUCAAAUUAUGCUACUCACUUGUAGGGAUGAUGACCAAGGAAUUGAGUGUGUGUGUAUAUGUGUGCGUGUGCGUUUGCAUGUGUGUGUGUGUGUGUGUGUGUGUACGUGAGCAGGAGGAGAUGUCAGGAGACUUCAUUUGCUUUACUCGUAACUGAAAAUCAGACAGAAAUUUUGUUUAUGAUCAGGGACACUGUCACAGGUCUGGUCAGUUUACUGUUUGAAAACGUGUCUGUUUUUCACUGUUCUUAAUAACUGUGGAAAUCAUUGACUAUGAAGAAAACUGUUUUUAGGACCCUUGCAAGUUUUCUAAGUCAUUAUUAUUAACCUGUCUGAAACUAGAUUUAAACAAUAGUCUUAGUUUAUAUGUUUACAUAAAAAAUUACCCUACUCUAGGACUGUUCCUUCCACAGAUUCUACUCAACUGAAUAUUUGGGAGCAUUGAACAGACUGAGAAGUAUCUACUGAAUGCUAGUUAUGCAAAAAGCAUUUAAACCAAGAAGGGUAUGAGUAGCUGUAGUGUUCCAAGGUAUGAGCUUAUCCCAUUUCCUUAUUGACUUACCCUCUAUAACACAUACUGUUACCCCCACCCUCACUUUCUGGAACCAUCACCAACUCUCAGAAUAGAGGCUAUGUUGAAGCUUGUUAGGGCUCCUCUUCCCAUAGGAUAUAGACUUGCUUCCCCAGCCAUUGCCAUCUGCCCAAACUACGGCUAAGUUCUUUCACCUAUUUAAAAACUAUUUAAAUAAUAUCUCCAAGUGUCCCAAGUUGGGGAAAAGAUCAUUUUCCUCUUUCAUUCUUUUAAAUAGAAAGCACAGCCCCAUUAUGUGCAUGCUUCAGUUACACAGAAAACACUCUGUUGCUGAGAGUUACAGAGACACUUAGGAUCUAUAGCAAUUUGAGGAAUGGAGGAAGCCAUUUGAACAUUCUGACUCCCCCCCCCGCCCCCAGAUUUCCUGAAAACCAUGUAUGCAUAACAAGCAAAUAGCAAAUCCUACUAGCUGUGCUGAUUAACCGGGAAACUUGGCAUCUGUGUCACUGUCCAGUAUUAUUGACAGCUAGAAUUUUAGGAAGGCAGCAGGCACUGCUUGGCAGAUUUGGAAGAACAGUUCCAUUUGGUGAAUUCCCCCAUCCCAUUUUUUGGUUGUAUUGAAGAUAUAUAUAUUUCUCUUUCAAUGAUAGAAAAGCUUCCUAUAAAAGUAUUAGUUGCAACCUUACCAGGAGAGGGUAUUGAUAGGAAAACCUGUAUAGCUAAAGAUAUCUCUGGAGAAUAAAUAAGAUAGUUCUGCCUACAAAUCAGGGAACCGGGUCACGCACAUUGUGAGUAAGUCAAAAGAUGAAAAUUAGAGGAGAGAGCAUUUGGGAUGUUUUAAGCAUAUCCAUAUUAUUUCUCGCCUUCUUAGUUUAAGAUUCACUAAUUGGUAGUAAAUUUCCACUUUGGAACCCUGCAAGGCAAGGUUCAGCUUAGUGAAGACAAGAAAACAUUUAUGUCUUAUUACAUUUUAAUGGGGCAACAAGCUUCAAAAUCACAGAAAUUACAGUGAAGGGAAAGAGAGAAGCAGGGGAUAUUAAAGAAAACAGAUUUGUUUGUACCCGUAGUCUGUUUUUGUCUGACAUUAUAAUAUUUCCAUAAUCUAAGCAGAAUGUGGCCAUGUUAAAUGAUAUAGCUAUUAAGCUCACCUUUACAAUCUAAUAGGAAGUAAUAAAGCCAGGAAAUCCUGUCCCCUUCACAGCCCUCAUCCCACACAUGCAUACAGACAUAAAAAGCCUAGAUAGAAUAUUCUGAUGUCUCUUUCAGAAGGACCUUGAUAUGUGGCUUGUUGGAAAAUGGAAAGCACAAUGAGACAUGUUAGAAAAGUAAACGGGAACAGGCUGAACUUUGCUCUCUUGAAAACUCCUUCCCCAAAGAACUGAUGGCUAUUGAAAUUAAUUCGUCCUUAGACUAGAAGCCCUAAGCCAAGUGCCCACUUAAACCAGUCAGGGGAGAGUGAUGCAAUGAUAGUCCAAGUGUCAUUACCAAGGAACAUUUGAUACUUUCUGUUUUCCAAGCCACUUCUCCAAUGGAAGUGAAGCCUUUUCAAUUGAUUCUUAGUUCUGAAACUCCUACCCUACUAUCAAUUCCAUGCCAAAUAAUUCAAUGAGAAGUUUCAAGAGGGACCGUCAUAGAGCUCAAGAGAAAGAACACCUAUGUUCCUACUGUAAAGCACAUAGAGAGUAUAUUCUCUAUUCUUAAUCUCAUCAAGAAAUCUUGGUAUUUGAGAUCAAAUUUGGCAAAUGAACAAGCUCAGGAUUAAUUAACUGAGCCUUUAUUAGCAUUGUGCUAUGUUACUUAUAAAUUAUAGCACUGUAGUUCCAAGAUUUGACCAACAACACACACACACACACACACACACACACACACACACACACACAAACACAAUACCUUUAUCUACCAACAGUCCAAAUAUAUGCAGGUCAUUUUUGCCAACAGCCUAACUAAAUUUGUAUUUAAAAGAAAAAGACAUCUUAAAAAGUAUAUACUUGUGUUAUUUUGUAAAUCUUAGACAUUCAUCUCUUAUUGUCUUUGAUGCAAAUAAAUUAGUAUUUUAAUUAUGAAUUUAUUUUCCUCUGCUACUCAUCACCUGGUCAUCUCCACCCAUUAAUACUUUUAGGAAUAAACUUUGCUUCAAGCAGAUGCUUCCCAGAGCUUUGGUGUUGGUACCUUCCUUUCCUUUCCUAAUGCCAUUGAAAAAUUGGACUCAAAAUUAUUUCAUUUAAAUAGCCAUCCUUGGAGUGAAUCAGCAUUUCAGCUCUUGGGGAUGUGGACAGAUGUAGAAAGUGCAUGAAGUGUUUUCAGUCCUAAGGUGGCAGCUUAUACAUUAGCAUCACAACUAUGUGCUCCUUGGAAGAACUCCUUCAGGACAAUAAUCCAUUCAUUGUUUCUGCCCCCACUCAACAGCUUCCACUGCCUUGAUAAAAUUCUAAUGACUGUGAGAACCAGAAUGUUCUUAUAGAUUCUCCUUUGGGUAACCUGAAGUUCAGCAUACCCCUUUGCUGCCUGAUUAAAAAUGUGCUAAGGGUUUUAUUUGGAAAGGAAGCGAUGAUGAUGCCUUCAGUUGUAGAAGAAAGCUGCAGCAUUGUAAUGAUAAAUGUGGAAUAUGAAUUCUAUAAAAUCAUAACCCACAUUAUACAAGACAUCAAAAUACUCGAUAAACAAGAGCAUAUCUCACCUUAACUUUUACCCAGAUUAUUUAUAGGCCUUGUGUUUAGUACACUGGUAUUUUUUAGAAACAAAUGUAAACUUUCCAUUUUAACUACAUCUAGGCUGACAGUAGACUUCCAGGUAUAUAACCUUCUUCUUUUUUAAAAGUAAUAUACAUUCCACUAUUAACUGAACUUCCAUGAAGCGACAUUCAUUGUAGAGCAUGGUAGUCCAUAAUCAGUGACUCAUCGUGAUGUGCUUUAUCCAACAAGUAUCUUAGUGCAUGGUUGAGGGUGUUCUAUGUGAUCUUUUAGUUAAAGGUGUGGCAUUUGUGGGACUGUGUAAAAACAUAUUCACAAACUCUACUAAGCUAUACCAAGCUGAGGUAGCACCUGCAUGUGAGAAACUGUGAUAUAAAUCUUACUUUAAAGUCAUGACUAAAACCAUUUAGACCAAAAAGUUACCGUGUGUUUGUUAAUAAUCUUCAUAGUACUAUUAGAAGGCUCAAUCAGGUAUUUUUGGUGUGGCUUAUGUGGGAACUGGCCUGUCUGUCUGAAGAACCCUUUCUCUCUCAAUUACAGCUUGCAUGACUAGAACCUGGAACUCCGUUUCUUGGCAUGUAUCCUCACACAGUGUGCGAUGUCAGGGUGCCACAUGAGCAACUAGACUCCUGUGGCCUUUCCUUCACUCCCUGGAAAAUGUAGUCUCUGCAAUUCUGCUCAGCUCUGCCUGUUUGAGUUUACUCUCAGCGCUUUAAUAAGUUGCCAGUAAAAUGGUGAAGUCUUUUUGAUGUGUUGAACCCUUUAGUCAGUUUUUUGGAGUACUUUAUAUUAUAGGUGGAUUUUUGACCAAAGUCAGUUAAAGACAUAAACAUGUGUUAUAUCCUGGCAUCAACUGGGACAUAUUGGAUAAAAGAUGAAGUUACUACCAGGAAAAAAAGUCUAUACCCCUGCUCUGCACCUAAAGGGUUCUAGAAGUGCAACAUCCCCUAAUUGGGCAAAACCAAGUUGGGGAGAUAUAUCUAAAAUGUAUCUACCUAUUGUUCCUAGUAUUUCAUAAAUAAAUGUAUUUUUUUCUUAAAAACCUUUACACAAAUGCUCAACACUCCAACCAAAUAAUAUUUUCCUUUGAUAGAUUGAAAUAUUUACUCUUAAGUCACACAUAGAGCACUGCCCUUCUCAAGACUGACUCACUCACCUGAGACAAAGGUAAACACUGAUACCUUUUUUAUGGUGCUUUCUCAGUGCUAGGAAAAAGGGAACUCUUGACCCCCUUUUCCAACUAUAACUCACAUCUUAUUUUAAAAGUUCCACGAAAUAGUUUCUUCACACCAACUUGAUUUGAUUUGAUUAGUCCGUGUGCCUGUGCACAUAAUGGAUUUCCAUUAAACAGGGAGAGUGAAAACACAUUUUGCAAACAUUCUAGAUAAUAGAAAUGAAGUAUGUUAAAAUCUUACUCAGAGCUUGAGUGCUAGGAUCAGACCAUCUAGCUAGUGGACAAAUAUAAUUUUCUAUUUUUCAAUUCUCUUUUACUUCCUGAUUUUAAAAAAAUCAUUUCAAUUUUCAAAGCACUGUCCUUACAUAAUGAUGGGACUAAAAAUAGGAAAUGAGACUCAAGUUUCACCAUUUACUUCCCAUCCGCAACUAUUAUUGGUGGAGUUUCAACCAGUCAUUACUUGCUGAAAUGAGGUUUGGGGUUACCUAUGUAUUUCAUUCACCUGUGUUCAUAUUUUACCUCAUCGUGGACAACUGAGAGUUGACUGUGGCUUUCUUUUUAAAUGCAAAUUGAUGUUUUUUGGAGCCAGGGAUUACUUAGGUUCAUGAAUGCUGUUCUCCUAGACACAGAUUUAACAUGAGCCACUGAGACACCUGGCCUUUCAGGGACGUGAGCAUGACCUACAUCUGUCUAGUGGCUUCAUACUUCUUGUAAAAGUGGAGUUUGGGUAUUGUUUGCUGUUUCAAUAUGAUGGUUUUCCAUGCAUUGUCCCAUCAUUCCUAGGAUGUAUGCUGAAUAAAAACUGUCCCGUAAUUCCUGUUAAUAUAUUGUUAAUGUCAGACGUGAUGUGAUACCGUUGGACUGUCCAAAUGUACAACUAUUUAAUGGUGUUUGUAGAACUGAAAUGUCUUAAAUGUUGCAUGAAAUAUGUUAUAAAAAUAGAUUUGUUUUCUAUUUUUCAACACCUCAGAAUUGAGGGUUCAUGGGCCAAUAAGUGCAAUAUUUAAUGACUUACUCAGUGUAUAUAAACUAGUGUGAAAGAAUGAAUUACAAUGAAUGUGUGAGACGCUUUGAUGACUGUGUGACUUAUUCAGAUGAUUUUCUUGUAGCUGUAUUUGUCUAGUGGUGCAAUUUAUACAGUAAAUAUCUUAUUGGUGUCAUGUAAAACUCCUCUGUGCCUACUUCAAAGUACUUUUUUUUCCCUAUAAGACCAAACAUUUAGUACCUACAAAUAUAUGUCAUUCAGAAUUGUGGCUUUUACUUCCAAGACAGAAUGACUGUUAGUUUAUUUAUAAAUUCAUCCUCAUCUAUAUAAAUCAAAAUUCUCCUUAAGUGUCAUAUAAGAGUGUGCAUUUUACUUUCAAGCAGCUGAUUUAGAUAUCUAAGGAAAAAUAUGUGCAUAAAGAAAAGUCACUUUUUUCUUCACAGAAAGGUUGAUCACGAUCUGUCUAUUAAGAAUUUUCACUUCUGUAUUUGUAUGUAUAUUUUAUUGUUACUCAACCUUGUAUUUUGUUUGCAAAUUUAACACUGUCAACCCUGAGAACACUAAAACACCAAUGUCUUUUAGAUUGUAGCUCAUGUUAUAUUCACUUUCAAUUCUCAAUUGUCCACACUGGUGAUACAAGAGAAACAAAUAACAGAAUCUUGAAACACUGUGUAAUGCCAACAUAAGCUCCUAUCUUCAUCCUCAAGCCCUCUUACUUAAUCGGUGGCCUGGAACUUCACUGAAAUACAAAAUCAAGAAAUUAAGUCUAGUUGCUGGAUAACUAAACACUAUAAAUGCUUAUGUAUGUGAAGUUUAAAGUAGAUUGACCACCUUAAACUUCUAUCUAACAUUUCACUUUUUAAGGUAAAGCUUUCGUUUGAGUAUUGUACUUGCUUUUUCAUUCAGUUAGUGGGAUAAGUUGUGAUACCCUUAGGAAAGAAAACAAAUUAUGAUUUAUUCACUAACAAUUAUAGCAGACAAUUGGUUCUAGAUGACCAGAGCCAUGUGCUUCUUCGUAUAAAGCCUUCAGUUCUCUCCAUGGCACUUGGCUGGGAAUUUACAUGUGAGGAUAUGUCAAUGAUAUUAUAUGGAUUUGGGCUAUGUGGGGGAUGUGUGGCCCGAAUUUAACUGUGAUAAACUGAAAUUUGUAUUCAGCUCUCAGAAUCUACUGACAUCAAGUAAAAGUGGGCACAAGAGGGAGAUUAGCAAUGACUUUGUGCCAAAUUCUAAAUAAAUGGAAGCAGGAAGCCUGCAUUAGAAUGAUAAUUUCAGGGUGGGGUUGAGUAUCUAGUUAGUUGUCACAUAGUUAUUGAAUCCCGUGUGCUCAGUGCUGUGGGAAUCAAACCUGGAAGACAUAUGGCUCCUGCCACUAUUGAGAAGAAGGAAAAAAUUCCAGAUAUGAUCUAAAUGCUAGGUUAUGUUGGGAUAUAAGAGCACAAACAAUGGGGGAACUGCAAGAACUUGAAGAGUCAAGUUGGUUCCAUUGAAGAGAUCAAACAGAAUCCCAGAAAGAAUUAGAUAGUGAGGAGAUUGUACCAGGCAAGUAAGUGGGAAAGGCCACAGUACGUUCCCCAUGACUGGAUGACAGUGCUGGCAGCUAUAGAUCAUUGUUUUUCUUGAGACAGCAAAACUGGUUCCCUGAAACCCCUCAAAUUACCCCAGUUUAGCUCCCUGAGGAAGACAAGCUGUUGUAUCAUCACUUUCCUCUAUGGUGAGCAGUCCCAGGCUCAACCAAAAUACACACAUUGCUUUAAAGCCACAUUAGAGCAGUUGAUUUAGUCAUUUACCAAUGCACCGAACCACUACAUGUUGUCUAACCUCAUGUCACCCAGGCUAAUGUGCACCUGGAGAUUUUUCUGUAGUUCCAUAUUUCCCAUAAAGGGCAUUGGGAAAUGCACAAAUGAAGACCUUUCUUUGGAACCGGGCACUCUUCGCCCCCAGUGACUGCACUGUGGAACUCUCCUUGAGAAAAUAGAGAAAAUAUUGAAAACAGCUUAAUGCUUCCAUAUAGUGACCGUGACGUUUAGUUGAAAACUACUGCUGCAUAGCAAAUAUUAUGACUCUUCAUGUGUCCACAGGAGCUAUUGUGUGGGUUUAAAGCUACGAAGUGUAUUCACAUUGUGAAGUUUUAAUUAUCUUUAUUGAAAUUAAUUGUGCAAAAACAGUAUGUGCUCUAUUAGGUAUUCAGUUUGUAUGUGAAUUAUGUAUAGAAAGUGGUUUUUGUUCUUUAUCUUGUUUUAUUUCUUGAAGAUUACAAUAAAUAUCUAAGAGACUAUAUUCCUGAA